GCCAAAAGCUAUAGAAAUCCGCCCCUCCUUCCUUUCCUUUGCUUUGAAAAAUAGCUCUCAUGCAAAGAUUUACUUUUCUUUCCCGAUCAUCUUCCAAGACGGCAAAUACUAGACUUACUUCUCUUUCUCGCCAAUUUUCAACGACAACUUUCAAUAUGGCCCCAAUCCCUAAGGAGUGUGACUUUUUGGUCAUUGGUGGUGGUAGUGGUGGUUUGGCUACAGCCAGAAAAGCAAGUGGUGUUCAUGGUGUGAAGACUAUUGCAGUGGAGAGCAAGAGACUUGGUGGUACUUGUGUCAAUGUUGGCUGUGUACCAAAGAAAGUUACAUUCAAUGCCGCCGCAAUCGCAGAAACCAUCCACGAGGCUAAAGCCUACGGAUUCUCGGUCAAGACCACCGCACCAUUCGAUUGGUCAUAUUUCAAGAAGAAGAGAGAUGCAUUCGUAAAGAGGUUGAAUGGCAUUUACGAGAGAAAUCUUGGCAAUGAUAAAGUCGAAUAUAUUCACGGCUUCGCAUCUUUGACUGGAAAGAAUGAAGCAGAAGUUACAUUAGACGAUGGCACCAAGCAAUUAAUCAAGGCCAAGAAGAUUCUUUUGGCAGUUGGAGGCCGUCCUACGGUUCCUAAGGAUAUCCCCGGUGCUGAGUACGGUAUUGACAGUGAUGGAUUUUUCGAUAUUGAUAGACAACCCAAGAAGGUCGCUUUGGUUGGUGCUGGAUAUAUCGCAGUCGAGUUUGCAGGCAUGUUCAAUGCUCUUGGUACGGAAACACAUUUGUUCAUCCGUCAUGACAAGUUUCUCCGAUACUUUGAUCCUAUGGUUCAAGAAGCUAUCACAAAUGAAUAUGAACGUUUGGGCGUUAAAUUGCACAAGAACUCUAGCCAGAGCAAGAUAGAAAAGGAUGAGAAGACUGGUAAACUUACCAUCCACUACGAGGAUUCUAAUGGAAAGGGUGUUCUUGAAGAUGUGGAUGAUUUGAUCUGGGCUAUUGGAAGAUCUCCAGAAGUUGAGAGGCUCGGCUUGGACAAAGCAGGCGUCAAACAAAACGAGAGAGGACAAAUUAUCGCUGACGAAUACCAAAACACUAAUGUCGAAAACAUCUAUUCUCUAGGUGACGUAGUCGGCAAGGUUGAAUUAACCCCCGUAGCUAUUGCCGCUGGUCGUAAACUUGCCGAUCGUCUAUUUGGAGGCCCUGAAUUUAAGGACUCAAAACUCGACUACGAUAAUAUUCCUUCUGUCGUUUUUGCCCACCCAGAAGUCGGUUCUAUCGGUCUCACCGAACCGGAAGCUAUUGAACGCUAUGGAAAAGAAAAUAUUAAAUGUUACAGUACUAGCUUCACAGCAAUGUAUUACGCGAUGAUGGAACCAGAAGAUAAGGCUCCAACUAAGUAUAAGUUAGUCUGUAAAUUACCUGAGGAGAAGGUUGUUGGUCUUCAUAUCUUGGGAUUGGGUAGUGGUGAGACGUUGCAAGGCUUUGGAGUGGCUGUCAAGAUGGGAGCUACAAAGAAGGACUUCGAUAGCUGUGUGGCUAUUCAUCCUACUAGUGCCGAGGAGUUAGUCACAAUGAAGUAGAGAGGGGAGUAAAAUGAGCUUUAGAUAAAUAGAUACAUGGAUAGCGCGGUAUACGUUAAACGAGACAUGCGAAAUGGGGUACCAAGAUAUAUUUUUUUAAAGUUGCUGGUUUCAUGUUGUUUGUCUCGUUAAUUUUCCUGAACUCGAGAGGAGACAAAGUUUUGUGGCUGCCUAUUUUCUAAUAUAUGAGACGAGGGUAGGUUAAGGAAAUAACCUCUGAGAUAGCCAGAUGAGGACUUCUUGAAAGAUUGGUAUGAUGCACACAAUUAGAUGCGAUAGUAUCGCUCUAUUAAUCAAGACAGACUAUGUAGCAUGCAUUUAAGAUUUGGGUUUAGCAGUCAUGUCUGUACGUAGUACGUAUGGGCAACGCAACCCAUAUUGUGCGUGUUGACUUGUCGGGAGGAAAGUGGACCAAGUGGUUAUUUUAUAUGGGGGUUUGUGUUGAGUUUUAUUGCAUUUGUGUUUGUGGCUUGUUCUAUGGAAGGAGGGAGGCAGUUUGAUAUUGGUGGAGAUGAUUCUAAAGACGAUUAACUCGCUUGUAUUCUUGAUCAAGUUCCUCAUAAUCCGGAAUACCUAUCCAUUUAGUUCUUCUCGCAUCCAGCAUGAUGCUACAUGUCUGUGCAAGUGCGCACAAGACGCUCGUCGAAUUUCAGUUAUGUUAUUCAGUCGGACCUCAGAACUAUUUUCAUAGCUCGAUGAUGACCGAGAUCAUGUAGCAAAAUUAGAUGUGAUUGAUACUUGAUAUUAAAAGCUAAAACUGAAGAUAAUCUAAGAAUGAAAAAACUAUGUAUGCAAAUUCCUUAUCAUCUGAUAUAGACCAAAUCCCCCC